AUGCCCUCACGGUCCACCUUCUCCAUGCCGACGAAGAGUUGUACAAACAAUGACGGUGGAGAUGAUCAAACUAUUUUUCCUUCAACAGGUCACGAGAUAAAUAACAAGGAAUUUCAAGGUCAUGGUCAAUUCUCUCUCUUUGAGGAUAGGGAUCAUACACUGAGGUACUCUGUGUACCGACCAAAAUAUCCCAAAAGAAUGUAUGAAGAACAUGUCUUUACAAAGAGUGUUUCGUCGAUGCAUGCACAUGUGAAUCGAGUGAUGAAUGAGAACUGUGAUCAUGAAGAAUCUCAAACUCAGCCAUCGCCAAACAUAGACUCAUUGUUGAAAACAGUGAAGCAUUGGAUUGCUCUUGAUGUUGGGUGCGGCAGUGGACAAGCAACUUUUGAUUUGUCACUUUAUUGUAAAUAUGUUAUUGGAGUUGAUCCAUCACAAAAUCAAAUAUCCAUUGCUCGAAGGCACUUGAAAGAAAGUCAUCAUGCUUGGAACAAUGUGGAAUUUGAGGUUGGUGUUGCAGAAAAUUUGGAAUCGCUCGCAAGAAAAUACAAAUAUCUAAUUGAGGGAAAUGAACAAACUAAUCAUGUGGAUGAAGCAUCGAAAGAAAAUGUAAAUGAUGAAAAUUUGGAGAUUUUUGACCUGAUUGUCUCCAGUUCAAGCUUGCAUUGGUUUGAUUUUGAAAAGUUCUUUCACAGUGUUGACAGAGUUCUAAAGAAAGGAGGUAAUCUUGUUUCGUGGUGUUAUGGUCUUCCUAAUUUUGAGAGUGAACUCGCUCAACAAUCACUCCUCGAGUUUUAUCACUGUGAAGCAUUGAAAGGUUGUUGGACAGAACGAAGAUUUCAUAUUGACACAGAAUACAAAUAUAUUCCUCACAUUCCAUAUCCACAAAAUAAGGAAUAUGUGGUUCACACCAUUUCCCAAACACUCACUUUGGAUCAAUUCAUUGGUUACAUUGGUACUUGGAGUGCAUUAAACAUCUAUAUCGAAAAGCACGGAAAAGAGAAGUGUAAAGAGUUGCUAAAUGAUUUUAGGACCAAACUGAGACACGCUCUGUGUAAAGACAAUGAAAGUGGUGAAGAAGACUCGAUACGUUUUGAGAUUCAUCUGCCUGUAUGGAUAAUAAAAACAUGGAAACCCUAUUUCUGA